AUGGCCUCAACAAUAGACAACCGGACGAACCUCCCAACCGGACCAACAUCAUCCAAGCGAAAACCCCCCGAAGAAACCGACGCGUCGAAAACCACCUCCACCCCAACAGUCCUAUCCUUCACCUCCCGCAACCCACCCUGGACCUACCUCAAACUCCAACUAAUCACCCAGCCACUAACAUCAACAACUCAAACAACCCUUGACCCUCUAACCGCAAGAACCCACCUCACCGCCGCCCUCGCCCAGUUCCUCGGCCUCACAGGGACAGCGAUCCCACUCGACAUCCUGAAAAUCACCCAGGAGGGCCAAGCGCAAACGCCAACAGUCUGGAUUCGCGUCCCACGCUCGGAUGCCGCAGCCGUCGUGGCGGCGCUGAGCUCCUGGAUCGGGGGUCCCCCCGGCGGGGGGAGUAAAUCUGCGACGGCGACGGCGAGCGCGGGGAGCGUGGCGUGGCGGGUGUGCGCGAAGGGGAAUUACCUCGGGGCGGUGGUUCAUGGGUCUGGGGGCGAUUUGUUUGUCCCCUAG